GAUCCGAAAUUGGAUUCUCGGCUCAAAUAAUGGAUUUGGCACGCCUGUCAGUUCUGAAAAGCUCUUAGCCUAGGACUCAGUUUCGGUUCUGCAUUUCUUCGAAGCGAUCGAAGUAGAGAUAAUGAGACUUCACCUGGCUGUUUUCCUGAGUGUAACGCUCUUCCAGACCAUCUAUGGAUUUCUCCCAUGCUCCACCAGGUGCAAUGAGGCCUUCCGUGGGCAGUUGGUGUGCGCUAUUAUGCAACGUUGUUACCUUGACAUGGAAUACUGCAGCUUGAUCGCCUUCAACUGUGCCCGUCUGCUCCAGCACAAGCCCCUGUUCCUGGUCAAGUCCGAGGGAAAGUGCAGCGAUGACAAAACGCCAAAAUGCAGGACAAUGGAGUAUUAGAUUCUAUCGUAUUUAUUUGAUGCAAUGAUUACAUUUCCAUGUACUUAGUUUAAAUAAAUGAUUGGACGAUGUGCUUAUUAUGGA